CAAGCUUAUUGGGCAAAAUUCUGCAGAACGUCAUUCAGUGAAACCCUUCACGAACGUGCUGAUGAAUUAUAGAUGAAAUGGAAGCUGAAAAUGCAGAUUUGGUGCAAAACACAAGCACACGGUCCUACAUAUAAUCAACAUUUCACUGGCGGACAAUCCAACUUCAGCUGUUUCUUGUGCAGCGAGAUGCAUCCCGAGAGACGCUGAUUCAAGUCAAUAGCAAGCAAAGCAUCCCGUUUGCAGAAUUCAAUUCCAUCACUACAUUCACACUCGAGAAAUGAUGCUUGGAUUAAAUCGAGAUGGGACUACAGUCGUUUUGGUUUUGCUUAAUGCAAUUAUUGUUGCAAAGGGAGCUACAGAGAAGCCUGUCUAUACCAAUCAGUUUUUGGUAGAGUUACAUGAAGGAGAUCAUGAUGUAGCCAGUCAAGUUGCGGCGGAUCACGGCUUUAACAAUGUUCGAAAGCUUUCUUUUGGACAAGGACUUUUCCAUUUUUAUCAUAAUGCCAUUCCAAAGACUAGGAGAAGACGCAACCUUCAGCACAAGCAGCGUCUUGAAAAAGACCACAGGGUGAAGAGUAUAUUACAACAGGAAGGAUUUGAGAGGAUGAAGCGAGGCUACAGGGAUAUUAAUGAAAUUGAAGUCAAUAUGAAUGAUCCACUAUUCACCAAACAGUGGUAUCUUAUAAAUACAGGUCAAGCGGAUGGCACUCCUGGGCUGGAUCUCAAUGUGGCGGAGGCCUGGGAUUUAGGAUUUACUGGGAAAGGGGUGACUAUAGCAAUUAUGGAUGAUGGAAUUGAUUAUCUACAUCCAGAUCUUGCUUCAAAUUAUAACGCAGAAGCCAGCUAUGACUUUAGCAGCAAUGACCCUUAUCCCUACCCUCGCUACACAGAUGACUGGUUUAACAGUCAUGGAACCCGGUGUGCAGGAGAGGUUUCUGCAGCCGCGAACAACAACAUUUGUGGUGUGGGAGUGGCCUACAACUCCAAGGUGGCAGGCAUUCGUAUGUUGGACCAACCUUUUAUGACGGAUAUCAUAGAGGCCUCCUCAAUUAGUCAUAUGCCUCAAGUCAUUGACAUUUACAGUGCAAGCUGGGGACCUACAGAUGAUGGAAAGACUGUGGAUGGUCCCAGAGAGCUGACUUUGCAGGCCAUGGCAGAUGGUGUGAAUAAGGGCAGAGCUGGAAAAGGAAGCAUCUAUGUCUGGGCUUCGGGAGAUGGAGGCAGUUAUGAUGAUUGUAACUGCGAUGGCUAUGCAUCAAGCAUGUGGACUAUCUCCAUCAACUCGGCAAUCAAUGAUGGGCGUACAGCCCUUUACGACGAAAGCUGCUCUUCAACUUUAGCAUCGACUUUCAGCAAUGGGAGGAAGAGAAAUCCAGAAGCUGGUGUGGCCACAACUGAUUUGUAUGGAAACUGUACACUGCGUCACUCUGGAACAUCGGCUGCUGCCCCAGAAGCUGCUGGAGUAUUUGCUUUGGCUUUGGAAGCUAACCCAAAUCUUACCUGGCGAGAUAUGCAGCACCUUACAGUUCUGACAUCCAAAAGGAAUCAACUGCAUGAUGAGGUCCACCAGUGGCGCAGGAAUGGAGUUGGGCUGGAGUUCAACCACCUCUUUGGGUAUGGAGUCCUGGAUGCAGGGGGGAUGGUUAAAAUGGCCAAAGACUGGAAGACUGUCCCAGAGAGGUUCCAUUGCGUUGGAGGCUCUGUGCAGGAAACACACAAAAUUCCUUCUGAUGGCAAGCUGAUGCUAACCAUUACCACUGACGCCUGUGAGGGGAAGGACAACUUCGUCCGCUACCUGGAGCAUGUCCAGGCAGUGAUCACGGUCAACUCCUCCCGAAGGGGGGAUCUGAACAUCAACAUGACCUCACCCAUGGGCACCAAGUCCAUCCUGCUGAGCAGGCGCCCCCGGGAUGACGACUCCAAGGUGGGCUUCGACAAGUGGCCUUUCAUGACGACGCACACGUGGGGAGAGGACCCCAGGGGGACCUGGGUGCUGGAGGUCGGUUUCACAGGAGCUGUCCCACAGAAGGGCGUGCUUAAGGAAUGGACUCUGAUGCUUCAUGGGACACAAAGUGCUCCUUAUAUAGACCAAAUUGUGAGAGAUUACCAGUCCAAACUGGCCAUGUCCAAAAAGGAGGAGCUGGAGGAGGAACUAGAUGAGGCUGUGGAGAGAAGUCUGAAGAGUUUGCUGAGCAAAAACUAGCCCUCCUGUCCUCUGCAUGUCAGUCUUCUCUUUCCUAAGUUCCCACACCAGUGUAUACCCAAUUUCUGAUAUCCUUUAUGUGUUUAUUAGCCCUUAUUUAAUGAAUGUUUCUUGUAACCAGAUUAAUACAAAUUGUAAUUUCCAAAAACCUAUGGUCAGAUAAAAGAAAAAAAUACUUUUCUCUUGGUUCUGUUUAUUUUUACUUUACACUAUACAGUAUACAGCUCUCUGUUAUGUUGUUGCUCCACUAAGACCUCUGUACAGUUUGUGACUGUAAAUGAUUUUCUGUGUCAUUCUACUUAAAGUUUAAUAUCUUGCAAACAGAGCAGUGACAUUUUUUUUCCGUUAUAUUUUUGUGAUAAAUAUUGUUUAUAUAAAAAUGGAAAGAAAUGUGUGAUCAAUUUUGCAGCUUGUCGUUUUCAAACGUAUUUCCUAACCUUCCUAGCAGAAAAGAAUAAAUUUGAUAAACUGUUUGCAGAGACACUGGAAUAAUUAAAACAUAAUCUGUGUAAAGACAUUA